CUCCUCCUCUCCUCCUCUCCUUUCUCUCCUGUCUGAUCUCAGGUGUGUACGAUCGGCUCUCUACUGGUUGACUUCAGUCCUGAGGAAAAGCCACGCAUCGUCUCCUGGUUCUUCAUCAUCAGAGAGAGUCAGGAGUUCAUCCCCCGCAACUCUCUGGCCGGAUUUGUGGACGACAAGGGUCUGACAAUGAACAUCACCAACCUGGGUCUUCUUCCAGCUGUCCACGCUCUGCUCUCAAGAGCUGGAAUGGUGGACACCGCACUCCAGGAGACACUACCUGCCUGCAGUGCCACACCCACCACAGCAUCUCUAACAAACCAGUGGGUAGACCAGCUGACAGUACUCAGCCAUCAGAUGGCAGGUAGGAGGACGCCAUCUGUGAGGGAAAGACACUUCGUUGACUGUACCUCUCUCUCUCUGCAGUGCCGAUUACAGUCACUGCAGGUUGUGUCCACCCCUCCUCCUCUUCACUCGCUCCCUCCCUGCUCUGUAACUCUCACCCCUUGCCAGGAGAAACCCCCCAGGCAGCCCUCUCCUCUCUCCUCCUCCUCUUCCUCCUCCUCGUCCAAGAAGAUGAAGCCUCCGCAGCAUAGCCCAGCCUCUCGGAGCCAGUUUAUCAUGGUCGCUGCCGAGGCAACCACCCUGCUCCAGGCUGCAGACGAUCUGGUGCCAGGGUUGGACGAGCGGAUGAUAAUGAGAGUUGACAACACAUUGCCUGCCCCCGGAGGACCCUCCUCUUCUUCCCCGGCUCACUACGGCUCCUCGGACAGCUCCUGUGAGACCACACCCACUGCCCCACCCACCUGUGUUCCAGACCCCGCGUUCCUGUCAGCCACUCUGGUCCCUCCCUCCCUCACUUCCUGGACGCCCCCUGACCUCUCGCUACCCUCCACCUCUUCCAUUCACCCCAGUCCGGCACUCACCAGUGCUAAAUAGAGCCCACCAUCACACACACACACACUGUCUCACAGCAUAUUAUACUCUGAGACUGCAGUUUUUGAUUUGUUCUGGCAACUUUUUACAUUGGACAGUCAUCAUCAGUAAAGAAAUCAUGCUCACACUUGUUCAGUCUCCCCCUCUCUCUCUCUCUCUCUCUCUCUCUCUCCCUCCCUCUCUCUUCCUCCAUUUCUUCUGCCAAAGAAAUAGCGUCAACUCAUGUCUUGCGUUCUGUGAUGUGUACUUGUUGUAUCGCUAUAAGUCAUUAUUUAUAUACCUUUUUAAUAUUGAAUGUUUGAAGUAAUGAUGAUGGACCCGCC